CUCCCAGAGAGAAGAGGCGACUUUCUCAAACGGCCACCUUCUUUUUCUUUCUUCUUCUUUCAUCUUCUCCUUCUUUCGCCUCCACCCUCUAUUCCUAAUUUCCUAGUUAGAGAAGCGGGGUGGUUUGUAGAGAGAGAAAUGGGUUGUGGGAACUUCUUUUACGUUCUUCUCAUAACCUUCUCAGUGGCUCUCAUCACAUACAAUAUACUCAUCUCUGCGAAUGCUCCUCUCAAGCAGGGCUUCCCUGGAAACCCAUCUUCAUCUUCAACCCCAUUCUCAGUUGACCCCAUCAUCAAGAUGCCCAUUGAUAGAUCAAAUCCCAGCUCCACAAAGGGGAAGAGGCUCUUCCACACUGCUGUCACUGCCUCUGAUUCUGUUUAUAAUACAUGGCAGUGCAGGGUUAUGUACUUCUGGUUCAAGAAGUUCAAAGAUGGGCCCAAUUCUGAGAUGGGUGGCUUCACUAGGAUUUUGCAUUCUGGUAAGCCCGACAAGUUCAUGCAUGAGAUCCCCACCUUCGUUGCCCAGCCUCUCCCCGCUGGAAUGGAUCAGGGGUAUAUAGUUCUCAACAGACCUUGGGCAUUUGUACAAUGGCUUCAACAGGCAGACAUUAAAGAAGAUUACAUUCUGAUGGCGGAGCCAGAUCAUAUUAUUGUCAAGCCAAUUCCAAACUUAUCCAGAGAUGGGCUUGGAGCUGCUUUUCCUUUCUUCUAUAUUCAACCUAAAACGUAUGAAUCCACCCUCCGAAAAUUCUAUCCUGAGGAAAAAGGACCAAUUACCAAUGUUGACCCAAUAGGGAAUUCUCCUGUCAUUGUUGGGAAGGAAUCUCUUAAGAAGAUAGCUCCCACUUGGAUGAAUGUUUCUUUGGCCAUGAAAAAAGAUCCUGAAGCAGAUAAAACUUUUGGUUGGGUGCUUGAAAUGUAUGCUUAUGCUGUUGCAUCGGCCCUGCAUGAUGUUGGUAACAUCUUGUUCAAGGACUUCAUGAUUCAGCCUCCCUGGGAUACAGAAAUUGGCAAGAAGUUCAUAAUUCAUUACACUUAUGGAUGUGACUACAAUAUGCAGGGUGAGCUAACUUAUGGGAAGAUUGGAGAAUGGAGGUUUGACAAAAGAUCUUUUGAUAGCAAGUGGCCUCCCAGAAACCUUCCACUGCCUCCACCUGGUGUCCCUGAAAGUGUGGUAACACUAGUGAAAAUGGUGAAUGAGGCCACUGCUAACAUUCCUAAUUGGGGGUCUUAAAAGAGAUUGGUGAGACGCUGCUGCUGUGUUAUAUAGGUGGUGAGGAUGAAGAUACCCGCACUCCCACUCCCACUCCCACGUUCACAUAUAUGAACUGUUUGUGAAAUUUCCAUGACUGUUUUUGUUUGCUUGGAUCAGGCAUAACCCAAUGAUCCCUUGAGUAUUGUAAUUGUAACUCUAAUAAUAUAUAUGGCCGAAGACAUUUUGUUCCGUCACCCAAUUUUACAUGAAUAGUCUUAAUUUAUUUAUUUA